UUGGCUGAGAGGUGACCAAUAGGAAGCUGACAGGAGGUUGUCGUGUGUGGUCGGUCGCUCGACGGCAGUGGUGCAGAAUGUUUGGAAAACUUUACGUUUCGCUGUUUCUGCUCUUUAUUUUCUACCAUGACCCCGCUGAAGCACAGAAGAAAAAAGAGACUCUGCUGUCAGAGAAGGUGACUCAAAUGAUGGAGUGGACCUCCAGGCGUUCAGUCAUCCGGAUGAAUGGAGAUAAGUUCCGUCGCUUUGUCAAGGCUCCUCCCAGAAACUACUCCGUGGUCAUCAUGUUUACAGCGCUGCAGCCACAGAGACAGUGUGGGGUCUGCAGACAAGCUGAUGAGGAGUUCCAGGUGCUGGCUAACUCCUGGCGUUAUUCCUCUGCCUUUACUAACAAAGUCUUCUUUGCAUCAGUCGAUUUUGACGAAGGAUCAGACGUCUUUCAGAUGCUAAAUAUGAAUUCUGCUCCGACCUUCCUCCACUUCCCAUCCAAAGGGAAACCUCGCAGGUCUGAUACCUAUGAGCUGCAGGUCAGAGGCUUUGCAGCUGAGCAGCUGGCUCGAUGGGUGGCAGACAGGACUGAUGUGCAGAUCCGUGUCAUUCGUCCUCCCAACUACGCAGGGCCUCUCCUGCUGGGCUUCCUCCUGGCUGUGAUUGGAGGACUGGCAUAUCUACGAAGGCACAAUUUGGAGUUUCUCUUUAACAAGAAUGUCUGGGCCGUCUCUGCACUGUGUUUUGUCCUGAUCAUGACCUCAGGUCAGAUGUGGAACCACAUCAGAGGACCACCUUAUGCACACAAGAACCCCAGCACCGGACAAGUUAGUUACAUCCACGGCAGCAGUCAGGCCCAGUUUGUGGCUGAGACGCACAUUGUCCUACUCUUCAAUGCUGCUGUUACCAUGGGAAUGGUGCUGCUGUGUGAGGCUGCUACCUCUGACAUGGACAUUGGAAAGAGGAAGAUUAUGUGUGUAGCAGGUAUUGGUCUGGUGAUGCUGUUCUUCAGCUGGCUGCUGUCCAUUUUCAGAGCAAAGUACCAUGGAUACCCAUACAGCUUCCUGAUGAGUUAGAGCUGACCAGCAUCUUCCAGCUUCACAGCAAGUAUGGACUUCAGGACAGGAAGUUCCCCAAAGUCCUGUCAACAAACGGGGUGCUGUCAAUGGCAACAAUGCCACAUUUCUGUUCACUAAGCCAUGGUUUGUCCAAACGUGUGUGUGUGUGUGUCAACACACAUUCAUACACACUGUGCCUUCUACAAAGACUCAGCAAGCAAUUCAUUUCCCAACAACACAGCCAUCAUCACCAGUGUGCAUUUAAACUGUCUUGUGCCAAAAUGUGUUUUCUAGAUUAGAAUUUUGAAAAACAAAAUCUGAAUUUCUUAAAUUGAUUGAUUGGUAAUAGUUUUUCAGUCCAGCUCCACUGCCAGCUGCUGGACACACACCUCAGUCUGUAGCUUUAUUUUUUAAACUGUUGGAACCAUAAACAGGUCAUGGACUCUGUUCUGGUUGUUUCUGUGUGGCUGAACUUAAACCAGGUUAUGAUAUUUAUGGAGUAGCAAAGUGGGAGCAGUUAUUUCAGGCAUCCAGGGUUUCUGGAAAUCAUUUUGGUUACAGGUUAUACAGGUCCUGUAAUAUCCCAAUAAUGUCCGAGGAAGUUUUCUGGACAGAACAGUACAUUUUGGUCCUAAAUGCAGAGAAAAUGGACACAGUGUUCUGUGAUAGUACAUAUACUAAGUACCCACUCAUUUAUUCAACCCAACCAACCAAAUUUGGUUCGUGGCCAUUUUAUUAACACAGUAAUUCAGGAAAAUUAAACAUAAUGAAACAAAACUGUACCAGAGAAGGUGUUAAAUCUAACUGAAACGACAUCUUGUGUUUUUUUUGUCUGCUACAGCAUACAUAUCUGCUUUGUAAGCCACGUGCCCUGUGUUCUCUGGGGGAAAAAAAGAGAAAUUUACAUUUAAUAUAUAUUUUUUGGUUUCAUGAAGCCGUCCCCAUCUUUCAUUCAUUUGUCGGAAUAGUGUUAGUUCUGCUUGUAUCUAGAUGGAGAACUUGUUUCCAUGAAGCCAAUCAAAUGGAUUCAUUUUGGCUCCAUAUUUUUUCUUAAGCAGUAACGUCAUUGUUGUAUUAUAGGAAGCCGGUCAAACUGAGCCAGACAGCAGCCUGCUACACAACACAAGAACCAUAGACUUUGAACAACAACCCACAUUGUUUGUCCUGCUAAAGUGUUAAACAGCAUGUAAACGUACCUGCAAAUAUCACUUCUGUCAGUUUAGAGGCUGCUGUGGUCCUUACUCUUCAGUCUCACUAACACCACGCUGUCGGCUCAUGGCUUAUAAGCUACAAGUUGGUUUCCUUUGUCUCUUUUUCGCCUGCUGGGGCUCAGCCUGCCGGCUGCUGUCGAUCAAACACAGAGACGACCCUCCAGCCACAGAGAGAAAAAUAUUUCCCUUUUUUCUUCCUUUUAAUAAUGAAACUAUUAACAAUACGUUUAAAAAUCCCUUUGACAUUAUUUGGGAAGACUAAAUGUGAUUUGAGUUGGACUUUAAAGGAAAAUUCUGGUCCCCUCUACAACACAGGGCCUCAAGGUCUGGUAUUUACGUAGGACCCAAUUGAAGGCCCUUAACAUGGUACAUACUCCCAAACAAAUGUUCUGUUAAAGCAGCACAAACCAGUGGAGACACAGUAAGCCUGGGGCUGUUGGUGGCCCUGGAGUUCUGGGUCCCCGUGGCUACUUUGCCUGGCUGGUAAUCCAGCACCAAUAAAGAGUUCAGGGUUCUACAGUUGGUAUUUGCGCUCCUAGUUAGCAUCUUCCAAGUAGCAAUGGCCACUAAGGCUCAUGGGUACUGUAGUAUUUAGACCUAUUUACCAAAUCAAAAGUAUGUAAAACAUGAUUUCACAGAAACAAGUAGAAAUACUUGUAACCAAUAGUAUAACAUAGCCCUAUAAAUGCUGUCAUUAUAUUAAGUAGUCAUUUGUGUCUGCUGAUGAACACUGAGGUUAUCAUUUAAAGACCAGCUUUCACAGCGCAAAAUCCUGGCAGGACCUGCAGCUUCGCCCACUCUGCUACUCUACUAGCUCCGUGCCUUAACUGCUGAGCCACUGGGGUGUGAGAUGACAUGUAUGCUUAGGAACUAAAUAUAUAGGGUGAUUUUAAUAAAUCUGAAGGCAGUUCAGUCACUCAUCACUACUCCCUCAGUGAUGUCAGUGUAGGGUGGAACGGAGUAGCACGUUACAGCAUUCAAAUGAACGGCUCCUACGUGGUGGACGCAGAAGUCCUGAGAGGACAUCAAAUCAGAGUGCAGCCUCACACUCAGGGUUUGCUACAAACCUAUAAUAGUAUAAAGUACUAGUAGAUGGAAGUUUAAGAAAGUUUAGUUUUCAGUAGUGGGGACGGUAUCACCAUACCUCCCUCCACCAUUCUUUUUCAAAUUGCCAAAUGAGAAAUAGAAAAAAAAAGUUAAAUGAAGAAUGAAAAAGUGGUUUGUUUGGUUGGUUUUCAUCAAAUCACCUCUACUACUAAUUAAGUCGUGUUUGGAUUUAUCAGGUCACUUGACAGUGAAUCAUUUUUCACAUGGGUUUAAUGUACCUUUGAAUGUAAUAGGUCUAAAAUGAGCUGCUGUUGUGUUCAAAUGUAAUAGGAGCAGAUGGCAAGUUAACUACUCACACUAACGGUGAUUGACUGUAACUGUAAUGAUUUCUGUCCCUUAUUAAGAAGUAAGAAUGGCCUUAACCCCAGAGCAAGAUGAGACUCUGGAGUGUGUAUACAUCAUGAGAAGUAUUCAUUCAUGAGAAUACAUUUUUUUCUGUUGUGUAAAACCAAGUGCUUUAAAUGUUUUGUGGUUGCCUUAUCAGGUUGUACCAGGAGAGAAUAUUUGAUCUGAAGAUUAUUUCUGAUAUUAAAGUGCCUUAGCCGCCUUUCA